ACGCUCCUCCCACAUUGGACAAACAGUCACAUCAAUUAAUUGCUACUAACUGCUGUCAAAUCAGGAAGGCUUAUUGAUCGUAUAUUUUCCUUUAUAACUUCUGUCAUUGUAAUUAUUGCAUUCUAGAUCUGCACCAAGGGUUGAGUGUUAUUUCAGAAAUGAGCAUCUAUAUUGAAUUCAAAGUACUCGCUGCGCUAGUUUUUGUUGCUGUUGUGGAACCCGAUUGUCGUGAUGUAAACUGGGAAGAUUCCUUUGACAGGCUUGGACUGUCAGAGUGUGAUCGAAUGGGCGACAUGCUCGUCAGUUUCUGCCGAAGUCCUGUGGACCGAUCCGAUGAUCGUAUUGGCCGACUGGAACGUGCUAGAUGCUGCAGUAAACCAUUUCCAUGGCAAGAAGGCAAUGACUAUGUUAAAGAAAAUUGGUGGCAAUCUAUGGACACUGAUUCUACUUGGUCAUUGUGUCGAGAUGGGUAUUUCCUCACUGGUCUGUAUAGGUCAAUCGGAGGGUCAACUCUCAGCAACAUCGAGGAAGCACGCUGCACCAGACCACUAAAUCACCCUGCUAAGUAUGGACUCUGCGAAGAUGUUGACAUCUCGGAUUGUUUUGAGCAGGCUAAGUGUUGCUCUUGCCCAGACGGAAGCUUCAUUGUUGGUCUGUAUCGUGGUGGUUGUAGCGACCUGCGAUGCUUGGACAAGCUACGCUGCUGCACGAUGACUGUGUCACCUAAAUAAACAAGAAGUUCAAUGAUCAAAAGUAUAGGUACUAUAUUUUUGGAUUCAAGAAAUUAAAAUCUAUCUUUACUUACAUGACAAUUGAACUGAACUUUAAUAAAUUGUGAAAACUGU